AUGGCUGAGGCUUCCGGGAAAACCCCAUCGGAUGUCGACCUUAGCUCCACCGCCAGCGUGGUGGACUUGGUCGAACCACUUACUAAUUUGUCCCUCGAUCCUUCUAAAAAGCCUUCUCGCAACAAGAAAGCCCCAAGAUCAAAGGCUGGAAAGCAAAAUUACAGCUUCAACCCUGAUGAUUGGAAAGUAGACGAGGAAGAUGUGAUGAUUCCUGCCGCCGCGAUUGCCGGGAAAUCGAUACUACUGCUUCCCAAGACGACUGACAAUCACCAAAGAAGAACCGAAACAUCUACCAUCGCUACUAUUGGGGAAGAUAAAGCGAAAAUCUUAUCUACAAAAGUGUUAACUUACUACUCUACUGACUCACAAUUCAAACGUCAUUUGGAAUCCGCCGAAUCAUUGACGUUUUAUGCUCCUCCUCGGUUUUUACAACACAGAAACGGGACUUUUAAAUACAACUUAUUCAAAGGUUGGCAAGGAUACCGGCCUAUUGUGUAUCCCAGAAAAUUACCAAGAUUAGGCGGCACCUUGGCUGUUGUGGGAUGGUACCUCGAUUCAAUAAGAAAUAAUUUGGGAAACGAUGGUGACAUCCCCACCAUAGAUUUCAUUUCCCAUAAAGGUCCGAUGGUCAAACUUGCGUCUUUGGCAUCACCAGACUGCCGGCAUGGAGUAUCUUUAGAAAUGAACGUGGUGACUUAUGGUAAACACAUUUUGUUAUCCAAUAACAGUUAUAGAGAUAUCGAAGGGCCCAUGUCUUUGAAAUUUGGAUAUUUGGGUCAUAAGUUUGAGAAUGUGGUUUGUAGCAAAGAUUGGCCAGAGAAUGGCAAAAUGCCCAGGAAAGAGUACCCAAUGCACAAUAAUGAGACUUUCAAAUUGGUGAUGAAUAUUGAAUUGGGAAAGAAGAAUGAUGAUGUUCUGACCCGAGGCACAUCACCUAUUAUUUCAUUAGCAUUUCCUUCGGAGAUGGAUUGCCGUCUACAACCAGACGUCCCCAUCGAAACGCUUUCAAACUAUGCCGAAUUAAAAACCCAUUCUUCUGGAGGGUCGGAACAUUCAUUCAAGAGAAAGCUUUUCAAAGCGUACCUACAAGCCAACAUUGUUGGCAUGGGCGAAGUGAUCAUUGGUUUCCGAUCAUUCAGCGGGUUUCUCGAGAAUAUUGUCCGGUAUAAAGUAUCGGACAUCCCAGAUAUUUUGCAUAAGGACCCCAAGUCUGGAGAAAUUAGUGAGCGUUUGAAACGACAAUUCAGCCCGGAAGAUUCUAUGGAUUGGCUACAUUCUUGCUUGGAGUGGAUCAAGAAUAAUAUUGAGUUUGGUAGAGAGCGGGAAGUCGCCUGGAGAGUGAGUUACGAUCCAAAGAGUAGCACUAUUGUUAUGGUCAAAAUUGAGGACCCGGAGAUUGUGGAAAAAAUCACUGGAUACGUUUAUGACGAUAUCUGUGUGCGAUCGUUGGAUCAUCAGACACAAUAG